ACAACCAACGUGAUUGGAUCAGUUAUGUUAAAGUAUCACCACCAUAUUCCAACGAUAAUCCAUCUCUCCAAAUCUUCCUCAACAAAAGAAUCAAUUCCUCCUUGAUUUUUGCCCCUUUAUUCCCUUCAAUCUCUCACAAUUCGUUGCUGCACACCACCUGUUCGACGAAAGUCCUGAGAGAACCAAAACCAAAUGCAGGCUUAUUUUCUCGCCGGAAACCCGGUGAUCUUGAUCAUAACUGGUGCUAUUGUUGCUGUAUUGUUGCAGACUGCGUUUGUUGUUUGUGGGUUUCCAACAAUUCUCACGUUGGAGAGAGGUUUUGCAGUUAAUCAUGUUGUUGAAUUGAGUGAACUUAAAGAUAGAGAUAGUGUACGGCACCCAAGAAUCUUGCAACAACAGCAGCAGCAGCAGCAGGCUUCUGUUGGGAGUGUUGUUGAUUUUCCUGUUCAAGGGACGUAUGAUCCGUUUCGUGUUGGGCUUUAUUUCACAAGAGUUCAACUGGGUUCACCACCAAAGGAGUAUUUCGUACAAAUCGAUACAGGAAGCGACGUGUUAUGGGUCAGUUGCGCUUCAUGCGAAGGUUGCCCGCGAUCUAGUGGACUCCAAAUUCCAAUCCAGUUCUAUGAUCCAUCAAGCUCAUCAACCGCUUCUUUGAUCCGCUGUUCAGACCAACGAUGUUCGUUAGGAUCCCAGUCGUUAGAUUCCAGCUGUUCUAAGUCAAACGAUCAGUGCAUUUACACGUUCCAGUAUGGAGAUGGUAGUGGAACAUCGGGUUUUUACGUAUCGGAUCAAAUCCAGUUGGAUACAAUCGUUGGGGAUUCGACGUCGUCAAAUGCUUCAGCGUCUGUUGUGUUCGGAUGUAGCAUGAGUCAAACCGGAGAUUUGACCAAAUCCGAUAGAGCCGUUGACGGGAUAUUCGGUUUCGGUCAGCAGGGGUUAUCGGUAAUCGCACAACUUUCUUCACAAGGGGUAGCACCCGAUGCGUUUUCUCAUUGUCUUGUUGGAAACGGCGCCGGUGGUGGUAUUUUAGUUCUCGGUCAAAUAAUCGAGCCAAGCAUGGUCUACACUCCACUUAUUCCGUCACAGCCACAUUACAACUUAAAUCUGCUGAGUAUUUCGGUCAACGGUCGAACGUUAUCCAUUGAUCCGUCAAUGUUCGGCACGUCAGGCAGCCGAGGAGGAACCAUAAUUGAUUCCGGAACUACCCUUGCUUACCUGGCGGAAGAGGCUUAUGAUCCUUUUGUGGAUGCUAUUACACUGUCGGUUUCACAAUCUGUUCGGCCACUUGUGUCAAAGGAUAGUCAGUGUUAUCUAGUCGCCUCCAGUACACCCGAUAUAUUUCCUACGGUAAGCUUGAACUUUGCCGGUGGUGCUUCAAUGAUUUUAAGACCCCAGGAUUAUCUUCUACAGCAGAACUCAGUGGGUGGAGCUGCAUUGUGGUGCAUAGGCUUUCAGAAAAUAAGAGGUCAAGGAAUUACCAUUUUAGGAGAUCUUGUUUUAAAAGACAAAAUUGUUGUUUAUGAUCUGGGUGGUCAACGGAUUGGUUGGGCGAAUUACGACUGUACGUCAUCUGUAAAUGUGUCAACUUCAUCAAGUGGUGGCAGAAGUGAAUACGUGGCGGGUCAAUUCAACGAUAGCACUUCAUUGCAGGAUACGCGUUACAGUCUGAUCUUAACCGUCUUUGUGGCUUUCGUGCUACAGUUAUCAGUAAUCGUUGCUUUUUCCUAGUGAAAACUUGAUUUCUAAUUGCCAGAAAUUUUAUAGUUUAAUUCUUUUGUUUGUAUAGUAGGAAAAGGGAAUUGUCCAUUAAUAUUUAAUAUAUGUAAACAGCAUAUAUGCUAAUUGGGAUAGGAAUUUAUAAAUGUAUACGCAUUUGUACGUUGAACGCGUAUAUAUACGAAGUAACUGCUAUUCAUUCAUGGAUUCCGAGA